AUGGGUCUUGAAAUAUCAGAAGAAGAUCGUUUCAGGCCAAUUACUCCGAUUCGAGUUGCCAUUCCAAUUCCACAAGCUUUAAAAAAGACAAAGAAGGAGGAGGAGGAGGGGGCAGUGGCGGAGGAGCUUUUGCAUUUGGAACAUGAAGAAGAAUGCCACACACCCAAGUCACCUGCUGCUCACGUGACCUUGAAGCAACUACCAUCAGUGUGUCCACCAGCACCCAAGAAACCUCGCCAAGCUGCCAGAAGAAGUUUGAGGAGGUUAUGGCCUUCAAAAUCAAAAUACUUUUUUAAGGUUCCAGACGAUCUUGAAUCGCUGUUUAUGGUUAUCACUGGUACUAAUACUCCUGCGAAGAAUUUAAGUGUUUGGAAAACUUAA